AUGCAAGUUUUGGCGCCAAUUCGAUCCCCAAGAUGGGUCUCAACCAGGAGAAUUUUCGAGCAAAAAAUCUCCGACCUCCACAAAUGCACAGACCCAAGCCAGCUGAAGCAGGUCUUGGCAGUCAUCUACAAGUCCAAUCUUCACACCGACAUUUUUAUCGCAACCAAGCUCAUUUCCGCUUUCUCUCUUUGCCGCCAAAUGCGCUCGGCUGUUACCAUACACAACCAAAUUCGUCAGCCCGAUGCGCAAGCUUAUAACGUUUUAAUCAGAGCCCAUGUUCGAAAUUCUCAGCCAUCCCAAGCCUUGGCGGCUUUCUCCCAAAUGCAAAGCUACGGCGUUCGACCUAAUGUUUUCACCUACCCAUUCCUGUUGAAGGCCUUCUCGGGGUUGGAAAUCGUGGCCGCGACUCAUGCCCACGUCGAGAAAUUCGGAUUUGUUGAGGAUGUAUUGGUGCUUAACUCGCUAAUUGAAGCCUACUCCAAGUGUGGGUUGAUGGGUGUUUGUGCGGCAAAGAAGCUGUUCAGUCUAAUGGUGCAGACAGACCAUGUGUCGUACAAUUGUAUGAUCAGCGGGUUGGUGAAAGCAGGUCAGUUGACCGAAGCCCGGGAACUGUUCGAUGAAAUUCCUGAAAGAGACACGGUAAGUUGGAAUGCAAUCUUGGACGGGUACGUGAAGUCGGGAGAGAUCACUGUGGCUUUUCAGUUAUUUCAAAGUAUGCCGUUGAGGGAUUCGGUUUCUUGGUCAACUAUGGUUUUGGGUUAUAGAAAGGCAGGGAAUAUGGAGAUGGCGAGAAAUUUGUUUGAUGAGAUGCCUGUCAAGAAUAUGGUGGCGUGGACUAUAAUAAUAUCCGGGUAUGCUGAAAAGGGACUCUUAAAGGAGGCAAUGAGGCUGUAUAAUGAAAUGGAGGAGGCUGGUCUGAAGCCGGAUGAAGGGACUAUUAUUAGCAUCUUAGGUGCCUGUGCAGAUUCUGGUAUGGUUGGCUUGGGCAGAAGAGUUCAUGAUUCUGUAAAGAGGAAUAGGUUUAGUUUCGGUAUCCGGGUGUCCAACGCUUUAGUUAACAUGUAUGUUAAGUGUGGGUGCUUGGAUGAGGCCUUGAGUAUUUUCCAUGGGAUGAAAGAGAGAAACUCGGUAUCCUGGAGUACUAUGAUCCACGGAUUGGGUCUACAUGGCUAUGGAGAGAAGGCUGUCCAACUCUUCUCUAGAAUGACACGGGAAGGAUUUGCACCUAACAAAGUAACGUUCCUAGGGAUCCUGUUUGCUUGUAGUCAUGCAGGCUUGGUUGAUGAGGGCAUUCAGUAUUUUUACAGAAUGCAGAGGGAUUAUGGGGUUAUCCCUGAAAUUGAGCACUAUGGCUGCAUGGUUGACCUUCUUGGUCGUGGAGGUCGUCUUAUGGAAGCUUUUGGGCUUGCUCAUAACAUGCCAUUUGAACCAAAUGACAAAAUUUGUGGUGCACUUUUGGCAGCUUGUAGAAAGCAUUAUGCUGUCACACGUGCAGAGGACGAACUCAAGCAACUAGUUCAACUAGACUUGAAGAAUACGGGAAAUUUAUCAAUGUUAUCAGAUAUUUAUGCGGCAACAGGAGACUGGACCAGUGUUGCAGGUGCAAGGCUGUGCAUGAAGAACAUGAGCAGCGAAAAGCCUUCUGGGGCCAGUUCAAUCGAGUUGGAUGAUGAAUAUUAUGAAUUUACCAUGAUGGACAGAUCUCACCCUAAAUCUGAUAUGAUAUAUCAGGUGAUUGACCAAUUGGGUGAACAUCUUAGGAAGAUUGGUUAUGUCCGUACAGCUUCUUGCUAAGGAUCACAACAGAAUCUUGUGCUGUUUGAGAUAUUGCUCAGAUGAUGCUUGUGACGCCAUCUUUCGGUUGUUCAAAGUGGAAAAGUUGCUGUAUCGGAGAGCUCAACGGGUAUUCUUCCUUAAAACCAAUCUUGCCAGGUAUUAGCACCCACAUAUGAGUGUUUUAUUAACAGAGAAUUUUAUAAUCAAUUGUCACGUGAUGUAAACCAGCAUUAAAGUAUUUUGAGUCAAAUCUCAAGUUAAAAUAAGUCAUAACUACAUUUUUCCCACUGGUGUUAUAUGUCUGCAUGGAGCCAUUUAAUGCGUCUUUCACAUUUUGGUGAAAUCUGUUUAGAUUUUAGAAAUGAUGGCGCACUUGGUUCUCUCAGCAGUCACGUAAUUAUUCGUCAAAA